GUCAUAGCAGAGGUUUUCUUACAAUUCAAAAACGAUCAGUUAUCACGGGGGGGAUUUGCAUGGAUGAGAGACUCUCCAUCAUGAUUGAUUAUUUCAUCAUUAAAACGAAUGUUUCGGGAAGGCGUGUAAACAGAUGAAUUUUGGUCUUGGUUCAGUAUUCUGCUCGUUUUUUGUGGUGUCAUAUUUCAUAAAUAAGAAUAUGAGAAGCCUAUAAAACAUAACAGCGCGCUCUCGUGUGUGGGGGCUGUAGGUGGCAGACCUUCAUUGGAGCUCUUUUGCUCUUGGUGUCAGGAAAACUAGGAUGGGUAGAAAUCAGCAGUAUUCCCAGGUUCUCUCUGUCAACAGGGCGGCAGCUUUGGCCUGGCUCCCUGGUUCAGCGUUGUUUGUGGGCAACAUCUAUGCUGGCUCCAGAGCCCUGUCUCGCCUGCCCAUACCUUUCUUCUUCACACUCCACAAUGCCUCUGAGGUCAUCUCAUUCUUGAUUCUGAAAGUGACUCAGAGAGAGCGGAUGUCUUGGAUGAAAAUAUUCAGUGUGAAUAUGUUGCUUGCAUCUGCAAUCAAUCUUCCCAUCCACGAUCCGCAGUUUGAUCCUGGUGGAUAUGUUUGGGCUUUAAUUCACAUUUUCUGUGUUGGAGCUUACAGAGUGUUCCAGAAGAAGACCAGCCACCUAAGUGACCUGGAACAACAGUAUAUCAACUAUGUGUUUAGUGUUCUGCUGUUGACCUUUGCUGCACAUCCUACAGGUGACCUUUUUGGUGCCCUGGACUUCCCUUUCCUUAUGUCCUAUCAGUUCCACAGUGGGUGCUGUGCCAGUGCCUUGCUUGGCUUCUUCCUUCUGCUGGCUACAGUUAAACUGAGGAGUGCCUUACCUCUGGAGCACUGUGGAGCUUGGGUCUUCUUGGCCAAGGUGCUGACAACAGGACUGUCACCCCUUGUGUUCCAAAUAGAGGUUAAUCCUGAAACUCUCUGCUGCAUCCUCUGCAGCCUUGGUGGAGAGGCCCUGUUGGUGUACUCUGAAAAGGCCUGACUUUCCUCAAGAGAUUUCUGAAGUGCAUCACCUAAACACGAAACAAGAAUCACCUGAACACCUGCUGCUGAAAAGAAGAUCCUAGCGCUAAGCACAUCUUUCUCCAAUCAGAUCAGUGAGGAGUUUCAGGCUGCUUCUCUUGAGACAUUUUAUUUAUUUUUAAGGGAAGACAUUACAGAAGAAUUCAUAUGGAAAUUCUGCUCUACAACAUAUUUAUAUCAUUUUCAGUUGUACAGUCUGGUCCAAUUACAUGUGCUCGACAUGUUCAUUGAGGUUCAGACCUUUUCAGAAUUCAUCUAGUCAAGAAUGACAGGUGUUAAAUGACUAUAGAUGUUGGUUGUUUAUAUUUGUUUCACUUUAGUCUCUCUGUUUACUUAUUUCUUCUUAUUAUUUACUUUGAUAUUGUCAUAGCCUUAUGUGUAGCCCCACACUUAUCUGUAGCUCUUUCUCUCUGUAUAUGAAAAUAUGCACAUAUAGACAGAGUUAGUGCACCAAAGAUGAGUUAUUACACGAUCAAACACAACCAUCUAUCAUGGUAAAUAUAUAUAUAUGAACGUUCUCUGAAUUUACUGAAACAUAUCCAUUUCAUUAUAUGUGCCUUGUUAUUUAUGAAUUUGGAAAAAUAUUUGAGAAAUGUUUACUCUUUUGGAGAAUUGGAUCUCUUUACUUCUUAUGGAAAGUAAAUAAAAUGGCAUUUCAAGCAUUGUAAUUAA